CUUCAGUGCCUUUUGGGUUCACACACAGGCAUGUUUCACCAGCUGCUCAAGCUCGUUCAGAAGGAGAGGGGAGACCAAGGAGAGACCAGACCGAGGCAGAAGAAAGCUGGCCUUCUGUCUUGGUUUAUUCGGAAGGCAUCAUCAGAAAAUUUCAUCAGUAACCAUGAAAAGCGUAUAAAGAAAUUGGAGGAACUAAGACUCAAAAUCCAGAAGUGUAAAAUCGAGCGGGAUGAACUUUCUCGAAUCCUGGACCUUUAUGUCAAUGGUGGUUUGAACUACAGGCUGAGUGUUGAAUUGCCAAUGCUUAAAUCCCAACAUGAGAUGAGAAUGAUGGAUAUGCAUAAGAUGACCAACUGGAUAAGUGAUGCCAUGGAGAAGUACAAGGAGCUCAUACAAGAGAACAAUUCCUACCGCAUCAGAAACUCCCACCUCCUGAGAGAAUGCAGUGAAUUGAAGAACAAUGUAAGGAUUUUGAUGAAUGAGAACAGAAAACUGCUGGUGGAGCAGACUGAACUGCAAGCAUCCUGUGAGGAGGGAAAGAGGUUCUGUGAGGAGGCCAGCAAGACCAUCCACACUGCAGAUACUGAAUCCUUGUGUCCUGUUACUUUUGAGUAAAUUGAAUGUAUCCUUGUGAAUCAAA